AUGACGCCGAGCAAGGUCUUCGAUCACGCCGCGCACGCCCAGCACCGGUGGCAGCGCUUCGUGAACCGCGACUCCAAACACUACGCCGGCUUCUCCGUUAUGGCGGGAGGCCUGCAGUUCGCCAAGGCCGCGAGUUCUCACAAACGCGCCAAAGGCAUCGCGUAUCUGACCAAGAGAACGGCCGAGAAGCUCCCGAAGCUCAUGGUUUAUCCCUUGGUGCUGGGCGUCACGGGGGCUGAGCUUCUGGUGUGGGGGACGUCGUACCUUAACGACGGUAAAGACGAAGAAACGAGUAAAGUCGCGCGCGACGCGAAGUUGGCUCCAGCGGCCUUCGCGGUGUACGGCACUACGCUCAACUCCGUGUACCCGCUGGUCGGUCGUUGGCGUCGAGUGCGGGGGUGGCUCCGCCCUAUAAAGUGGGGAGCGAUCGGCCUGGGCAUCGACUACGCCGUGGCGAAACUCACAGCGGAACGGGAGAAGACACAGACACAGACGCCUGCACUGGUGGAGGUCGAGAAGGAGUAG